UUCUUCAAUUUCGGUUAACUUCGUCUUUCUUCUUUCUCCUCAGCCAUUGCUCUGAAUUCAUUUCUCGUCGUUUCUUCUCGAUUUCCCGUCAAUUCGGAUUCCCAAGAGAGUUUUGUCCGCGAGUUCCGCGUGAAAGACAUGAAAAUGUUGGCGAUGGACUCGCGAUCUUCUCUCCAUCUCCAUCGCUCCAUGGCUCGCGUUGACCUUUUUGCCGGUGUUCGAAUGAAACGAUUCCCCACAAGUCCUGUUCCGAAUACGCCUCGAAUAUGUGGAAGUAUAUUCUGUUGAUUCGGCUCUUCUCUACUUGGUACCUCUAGUGAUUUGUUUUAUCUGAAUUUCGAGAUCCAAUCGGAGCCGUGAUACCCGUUAGCGUCUUGUGUAGUCUGUUUUUUCUAGGAAUUGUUUGGAAUUUAUUCGUUUGGAUUUCGAAAAUUGUCUCUCUUUAAUGUUCUAGUGGAAUUGUGACUCCUUAGGGUUUGUUUCGACUGUACAACUAUUAGGGUUUGUUGUUCAUAGGAGAAUUGUGGAAUUGGGGUUUUUAAAAAAAAAAAAAUUGUGAAGUUGUUUGCGUCUGCUGAGUCUCUGAAUGGCUGAGAGUAAAGAAUUAGGGUUACCAAAGACUGCUAUUAGCUUGAAAGAGCAAUUGGCGAGAACUACUCUGAGGAAUUUGAGGUCACAGGGGCACACGUACAUUGAGCUACGUGAGGAUGGGAAACGAUUUGUAUUCUUCUGCACUUUGUGUCUUGCUCCUUGUUACAGUGACGCGAUUCUGCUUGGACACUUGAACGGAAACCUUCACAAGGAGAGGUUGUCAUGUGCUAGGAUCACACUUCUUGGUGAAAAUCCGUGGCCUUUCAAUGAUGGUGUCCUUUUCUUCGACAGUUCAACCGGAGAAGAGGAGAAAACUCUAAUCUCUGAUGGUGAAGGUGUUACCGGUCCUUUGCACCAUUGCAGUGACAAUGAAAGAUUUGCUAUUGUCACGUAUGAUGAAAACAGAACGUGUGAAUCACAGGGAGAUAAUCAACCUGCUGCAGGCAUUGAUGAUGAACCUAAUCACUGUGCAGAGAAUCUGGUGAUCUCUAAUUUGCUUAUCAAGGAGAAAACGCUUGAUGUGGAAGCUAAAUUCAUUGGUUUUGGCCGAAUAGCUGCUAGAUUGUUUGAAACAAAAGGACGCACAACUUGGAUUGAUAAACUAUGGUGCGAGUGGUUAGGAGAGGAGAGUCCUCCGGAUGAGGAGAAGGCUACGGUCCCAGAGCAUGACUUUGCUAUUGUCACAUUCUCCUACUUUUACAAUUUGGGUAGGCUGGGUUUGCUCGCCGAUCCGAGCCGUCUUCUCACACUUAGUCAGUCAGCAGAAUCAGGGAACGGCGAGGACAAUGGGAGGAAGAGAAAGAAGUCUUUUUCGGAUCCAGAGGACACCAGUGAAUCUCUGUGUAAUCAGUAUGACUCUUCUGAGGAGGUUUCUUCAGCUCGUAAUUCAAACUCGUCAAGAGCUCUAAUAGCUGAUUACGAUGAUCAUCUCGUGAACAAAAGAGUCAUCAAGAACAAAUCGGUAAGACGGGAGCUUAGGAAGCAACAGAGGAUAUUUUCUGAUAGAAUAUGCGAAGUCUGUAAGCAAAAGAUGCUCCCAGGGAAAGAUGCGGCAGCAAUACUAAACAUGAAGACAGGAAAACUUGCGUGCAGCAGCAGGAACCGCCUGGGAGCGUUUCACCUAUUUCACGUGUCUUGUGUUGUACACUGGUUUCUCUUCUGUGAGACUGAAAUACUUGGGAGCAAGAUGGUGAGUGGAAAAGGGAAAAAGAGAUGCACAAAGCAGAGUGGCGUGAAGUGGAAUGAGUUGGUAGGCGAUGUGAGCUGGCAAAUAUUCUCGGUGUUUUGUCCAGAAUGCCAAGGCACUGGCAUAAACAUUGAAGGGGAUGUGAUUGAGAGAGACACGUUUCCGCUUUCUCAGACAUGGAGGUUUGGGGUGAAAGUGAGUGAAGGUCGAAAAGCAUGGGUGAAAAAUCCGGAAAAGUUGGAGAAUUGCUCAACAGGUUUUCAUUUUCCGCAGCAGGAUGAAGAGUUGGUUAAGGGUCAGGAGGAUAGAGUGCAGAGCAUGAAGCUGGUUCGUUUCUACCGAGUGGAGUUGUAGAUAAUCACUUAAAAAAUUAUUAGGAAAAAAACUUUCGAAUGUUGUAAAAAAAUUAAGGAUUUACAUUAAUGUAAUUGUUUCAGAAAAUUAAGUUUUAUGUGUGUGUGAACGAGGCAUUCGUUUGGCAUUUACAGGUCUCUGAAAUCCGCUAUUACUUUUGCAUUUGUUACUCUUUGA